AUGGAGCGAGCGCGGGACCCGGGUCUUGGGGACUCGGCACUGCACCGCUACCUAGAUGGCGAGUUCUGGCUCCUCAAGAACGAGCUGCGCGGGCUCCUGGGCGGCUGCCCGCUAUUCCGGCCCAGGUAUCGCGCCUGCCGGUGCCUCCUCAGCCCCCGCGCCCCAGGCCCUGUCCCCUCCUGUGGGAUAAUUUAUUGGCUAUUUGGUGGUGCAGUCAGGAAUCUCGGAAGCCCAGGACAUGUAACGAAGUGGCUGCAGCCACUCCAGGAGCAGAAAUACACUGGGAUGUUUGCAAUGACCGAGAGGGGCCAUGGGAGCAAUGUGAGAGGGAUCCAGACUGAAGCCACUUUUGACCUGUCCACACAGGAGUUGGUGAUCCACACACCGUGUGAAGACGCUGAGAAGAUGUACAUCGGAAACGCCAUGCACGGGAACUAUGCCGCCGUCUUCGCCCAGCUGGGGGACGGGCGGUCUCAAGGGCCCCACUGCUUCAUCGUUCCUGUCCGCGAUGAGCAUGGAGGCUUGGACCCAGGAGUGACUGCGGCCGAUAUGACGUACAAGGAAGGUCUGCACGGUGUGGAUGAUGGAAUCUUAGUAUUUGACAAGGUUCGGAUACCAAGGGACAACUUGCUGGGUAAGUUCGGCUCUGUGACUCUAGAUGGGCAGUACCAUUCCCCUAUUAAGAACAAGAGUGCAAGAUUCAGUGCGACGCUGACCCCUUCGAGACUAGCUGUGACUUUCCAAGCUCUAGGCGCCAUGAAGCUUGGGUUGACGAUAGCCAUUCGCUACAGCCACAGCAGGAGGCAGUUUGGGCCCAAAGGGAAGGAAGAGGUCAAGACCAUUGAGCACCAAACACAGAGCUUUCGGCUGAUGCCUCACCUGGCCACGACCUUGGCGCUGACCUUCACCAGCAGGCAUGCCGGGGUCCUUCUGGACGAGGCUGUGUUCCAGGGCACAGAGCUGGUGGACAGCCGCCCGCGGCAGGCGCUGGUGGCGGGGCCGAAGGCCUACAGCACCCGGGAGAACCUCCGCUGCCUGCAGGACGGCCGGGAGUGCACCGGAGGCAUGGGUUACAUGAUGGAAAACCGAAUCUCGGGCUUGAAAUGUGACACAGAUGUGUUUGUAACUUUUGAAGGUGACAAUGUUGUUCUGCUGCAGGUCGUGGUGCGGGAAGUGCUGGCUCCGUACACCAAACAGUGCGAAGAAAGACCGCUUGCUAGCCUGCUCCGGAGCUGGGCUGCGUCUGGGGCCGACUCGCUCAGAACCAGUUUCCUGGCAUCUUACAUGGACACCGUCGGUGAUCUCGUCUUUCUGCUGAAAGCAGAGACUUUGCGAAGGGUUCUUCAGCGGAGCUUGGUGGCCAGAAUGUAUUACAAGGUGGUGACCAAGAAGGCGGCCUUCUUCGGAGCCAGAAACUUCCGCCUGCACCACGUCGCCUUCCUGCCCCUGGCGCACAUCACAGAGGUCAGCAGCUCUGUCACGUUAGAGCAGUUCUCCCUGGCGGGGCGGCGCUGUCCGGACGGCGCGGACCAGGCUCUGCUAAUGAAGUUCUGUCUGUUGUACGGAACCAAGCUGGUGUUCCAGGAGCGAGCCUGGUAUCUGGAACAUAAGUACUUGACUCUGUGGCGAACGCGAGGAUCUGGGGGCAGGUAA